AUGUUCCUAUCUAACGGAACGCUAUUGGAUCAAAGGACAAAGGCAUUGUGGAGAAAAAGAUGGCUUUUCUCAGAUGAAAUGAAAAUUGGAUUCAUGGAAUAG